AUGCCGUGCGAAUGCGAGACUCGAUUUGGCUUAUCCACUUGUGCCAUUGCUUCGUUUCCUUUGUGCUUUCUUGACUUCGACCGAGUCUUCUACAGUCUCAAGGGGAAGGUUUCUGAAGAUUCACUGGAAGCUGAGGAAUUCUUCGACUUGUCUCCUCCCAAAAAGCGCUGGUGUGCUUACACGUACUACUCACUCAAUGUGUUCCAUCUUAGGAAGCGUACACGUCUUCCUGACUGUGUUGUCUAUGCGAUUAAGUUGAAGUUCAGGGAUGCGAAGGAUGCUGAAUCAAUUGGAACUAAGAGGAAGGAACCGCCAAAGGAGUACACCACAGAGAAGGUGGCCUCGAAGAAGGUGAACAUGGAAUUGGAGGAAAAGAAAGAACGCGAUGAGUUGAAAAUGGUCGUUGACCUAGAAGAAGAGGAACGUGCUGUGAAAGAAGCUUUCGAAAAGGAAAGUAGACUCAGUGCAUUCCAUGCGUACACCGAAGAAGUCAAGUCGAUUUCGUCCAAGUUCGGUGACUAUUGGGAUAAUGCCAUCCGCAUUGCUCUUGAGUGGAAGAAUCGCUCCAAGCGCCUUGAUGACUCCCCCGGUUACAGCGUCUAA